CCGCGGGCGUGCGGGAGCCCGGAGCGCCGCUGCCGCCGCCGCCGCCGCCGUGGCGAGGCCGGGCGUAACCGCGCCGAGGGGCCGAGGAAACUGAACAAUGGCAAUUUGAGUGGAUUUUGAAAAAUAUCUGAAGGUUAGUGGGCAGCAUCUCCCUUCUGCCUUCUCCCCACUCUUUACAAAAGAAUAAAUGGGAUGUUUGAGAACAGUGCUGUAUUAAAAGAAGAGUGUUGCAAAUGGCUUCAGAAUCUGUGAAUACAAAACAAGCUAGGAAUCACUGCACAAAGGGGAAAAGGCAGCACCAGCAAAUAAAAAACAGGUCUUCAAUUAGUGAUGGUGAUGGAGAAGACUCCUUUAUCUUUGAAGCUAAUGAAGCUUGGAAAGAUUUUCAUGGUUCCCUUCUUCGGUUUUAUGAAAAUGGAGAACUCUGUGAUGUCACACUAAAGGUUGGCUCAAAGCUAAUCUCUUGUCACAAACUAGUAUUGGCUUGUGUUAUCCCUUACUUCAGAGCCAUGUUUCUUUCUGAAAUGGCUGAAGCCAAGCAAACACUGAUUGAGAUCAGAGAUUUUGACGGUGAUGCAAUAGAAGACUUGGUAAAGUUUGUCUAUUCUUCACGGCUCACUUUGACUGUUGAUAAUGUCCAACCUCUCUUAUAUGCAGCCUGUAUUCUACAGGUUGAACUGGUGGCUAGAGCUUGUUGUGAAUACAUGAAGUUACAUUUUCAUCCCUCCAACUGCCUGGCAGUGAGAGCUUUUGCUGAAAGUCACAACCGAAUAGACUUAAUGGACAUGGCGGAUCAGUAUGCCUGUGAGCAUUUUACUGAAGUAGUGGAGUGUGAAGACUUUGUAAGUGUGUCACCCCAACAUCUCCAUAAACUUCUGUCCUCCAGUGACUUAAAUAUUGAGAAUGAAAAGCAGGUCUAUAGUGCGGCCAUCAAGUGGCUUCUUGCCAAUCCACAGCAUCAUUCCAAAUGGUUGGAUGAAACACUUGCACAGGUUCGUUUGCCGCUGCUGCCAGUUGAUUUUCUUAUGGGUGUUGUGGCAAAAGAACAGAUUGUCAAGCAAAAUCUAAAAUGUAGAGAUUUGUUGGAUGAAGCAAGAAAUUACCAUCUUCACUUGAGUAGCAGAGCAGUACCUGACUUUGAAUACUCCAUUCGGACUACCCCAAGGAAGCAUACUGCUGGCGUGCUGUUUUGUGUAGGUGGUAGAGGUGGAUCUGGUGACCCCUUUCGCAGUAUUGAAUGCUAUUCUAUCAACAAAAACAGUUGGUUUUUUGGGCCAGAAAUGAAUAGUCGAAGGCGACAUGUGGGUGUAAUCUCUGUGGAAGGUAAAGUAUACGCAGUAGGUGGACAUGAUGGAAAUGAACAUUUAGGUAGCAUGGAGAUGUUUGAUCCUCUGACUAAUAAAUGGAUGAUGAAGGCAUCAAUGAACACAAAGAGGCGAGGAAUUGCCUUGGCCUCCUUGGGUGGUCCAAUUUAUGCAAUUGGAGGGUUAGAUGACAACACUUGUUUCAAUGAUGUAGAGAGAUAUGACAUAGAAUCUGAUCAGUGGAGUACAGUGGCACCAAUGAAUACUCCCCGUGGAGGGGUUGGCUCUGUGGCUCUUAUAAACCAUGUUUAUGCAGUAGGUGGCAAUGAUGGAGUAGCUUCUUUGUCUAGUGUGGAGAGGUAUGAUCCACAUCUGGAUAAGUGGAUAGAAGUUAAAGAAAUGGGUCAACGAAGAGCAGGCAAUGGAGUUAGUGAGCUCCAUGGUUGCUUAUAUGUUGUUGGUGGUUUUGAUGAUAAUUCUCCUCUAAGUUCAGUUGAGCGGUAUGAUCCUCGAAGCAACAAGUGGGAUUAUGUAGCAGCACUUACCACUCCAAGGGGUGGAGUGGGGAUUGCAACAGUGAUGGGCAAAAUCUUUGCAGUUGGUGGGCAUAAUGGCAAUGCAUACUUAAAUACAGUGGAAGCAUUUGAUCCAGUCCUGAAUAGGUGGGAGUUGGUUGGAUCUGUGUCUCACUGCAGAGCUGGAGCAGGCGUAGCUGUGUGUGCCUGUUUAACUAGCCAAAUUCGAGAUGUAGGUCAUGGAUCCAAUAAUGUGGUUGAUUGUAUGUGAUUUGAGUUCCAGCCACCAACAAUUUAGUUAUAUUUGAUAUGCGAGAAAGACAACCAGGAUUUUGUGUUACCACCUUUGAACAGUUUUCACUACCACUAGAGUCUUAUUUUAAAUGGAAACUGUUGUAUUGUGACUAAAUGCAACAUUUAGACAGUAGCUGAAGAUUUAUUAGUAAAAAAAGUAAAUUUGAUACUUCCCACUUUAGCAAAUAACAGUCUAACUUGAAACCAUACCUCCUCUGAAAAAUGUUUAAAGUAGUAUCAAAAUCUUGAAAUCCCUCUUUAAGGCAUUUUGGAUAAAUCAAUAUGUAAAAUGGAAAUGAUUUUUACCAUUUUACUGAGUUUUACCUUUUCUUUUAUCCAGAAGUGUUAACUGUAGGCAGUGGACUUUUCCUUGAGGGGAGAUUAGAACCUAUUCAUCAACACAUAAAAGACCUGCUCAUUUUGAAGAUUAUUUCUCUUUGGUGCUGAUGAAUUUAUGCCUUGCUUUUUUUUUUUUAAUUUUUUUUCCUAUUUUUAUUUAUGAUAGUCACAGAAAGAGAGAGAGGCAGAGACAUAGGCAGAGGGAGAAGCAGGCUCCAUGCACCGGGAGCCUGAUGUGGGAUUCGAUCCCGGGUCUCCAGGAUCGCGCCCUGGGCCAAAGGCAGGCGCCAAACCGCUGCGCCACCCAGGGAUCCCGCCUUGCUUUUUUCUAGAUGUUGACUUCUCAAUUUGUUGGAUCUUUAUAGAAGUAGAAAAAAUGUUUAGUCUUUCUCAGUGCCGUUAGCUGAAUAUUCAGAAGCUUUAUAGGAGUGCUGUAAGGAGUCCUUGAUUUCAGUUUGACUUGUUUAGGGCAACAAAUACCUACCUGAGCUAAUUCCAUCUGAAUGAAUUUAUACUGUUAUUUUUAAAUUUCAUGUAAAAAGGAUUUGUUUCAUAUUAGCAAAAUUUGAAACAGAAGAAAUAUUAGAGGAAAAGGCUUUAGAGUUGGUAUUAUUCUAGUGCCCAGUUGAGAAACCUUCAGAUAAAAUGAUGCCCAUUCCAUGACUCCUUGAGAGGAAUCUGAAAAUAUUUCUCUCUUUGGUUUAAUCAUUUGGCUUUGAGCCCAGGAUUAUUAUCUUUCCAUUUUGUUCUUUUCCUCAUCCUGGUUUUUAAAAAAACUGGAAUUUGGAUGUAUUUAUUAUCAGAAAAUGAAUGCAUUUUUACAAAAAUUCUUUAUAGAUUAUGGUUUACUAAUUAGUUCAAGUCCAUUAUUACCAAUAAAAUAUAUUGUUAAAAAGAUUGAAACUGUUUUUCUGUUUAAUCACCUUCAGUAUAUUUAUUGAACUUCAAUUAAAAAUAUUUCAAUGGAUUAUUUGAAGCCAGGAUUGAUUAACCUACUGAUUUAAUAGCUCUUCCUAGUUUUAGCCAGUAAUGCAAAGUGGCCUAUUCAUUAUAUGUAAAUAUUUGUAAAACUAUUUAUGAAGAAUAUUAAAAUAUUCUGUUUUGUAUUUUCAAUGCACUUUGGUACCUCUCUUCCAGGCCUCCCUGAAUUUUCCUGUCAUCAUGCCUCAGAAUUUAGUAUAGUUCUUUGCUGGUUGACAGGAAAGCUGGGCAAUGAGGAACGUUAACCCCAUCCAUCCAGCUCUGAAAUUCAUUGCCUAGUAACUCUGAUGGCCCUCAUUAAAAGGCAGCCUGGGCUUAUUAGUAUAAUAGGGUAGAAAGCCACAUUACAAAAGCCAGUGUCUACUGGAUUUAUUAGACCAGAAAAAGAAAAAAUUUGUAAGAGGAUCUCAGGCUCACAGAUAAAAGUCUUCCAUGAGGUAGAUUUAAAAGUUCCCCAAUUCCGCCAUUUUUUGCUGUCAGCCGGUAGGCAAGUUCAUAAGUCUUUGCUGGAUCUGAAUCAGUGUUUUCUUGUAUAACUAAAACCAUAUUUCAGUCAGUCCCCAAAGAAUUUAACUCUAGCACUCACUGGACUGGUUAUAACCAGCUGGAUGUGGAGUAUAAAUCUCAACACCUGGCUUCAACAGUCUAUUUCUUAUGUGUAAUGGAAUUCUUGUGUUAUAAUGCUUGUCUGGUUAUGGUUACUAGUAUGUUUGUUAUAUUUAUUUUGUGAGAGAGAGGAUCAUGAUCUCAUUGUUCCUAAGAUUAUUUAAAAUGGUUUUUUUCUUUAACAUAUUUCUGCCUUUGUCAUGUGUGCAGAGUUUAGGAGCAAAAGGGUGUUAAAUUUCUAUUUCUGGUCUUACUAUACUGUAGUCAUGUAACAUACUAAAUUGGUACCCUAGCUAUCAAUAAAAUAGGAACUAUUCAUAAGGGAAGUAAAGAAAACAUGUGGCUGUCGGUUAUAUUAUGUGUUGAUAGACCAUUAGAAGCAUAGUCUUGAAGGUCUUGACAAUAGUAUGAAAAGAUAAAUAGUGGGAUCAAUAUAUACAGUUUAUUAAAAACAUUCUUUGAGAUAUAAAAUGAGAAUCAGGCUGAAGGACUCAUGCAAAUGAAAGAUGAUUAUAUUCAUAGGAAUAAAGAGAUGACAGUAUUAAAAUAAUAUGGCUACUUAAUUAUGAAGCCUUCAUUUCUACUCAGAUGUUAAUAAGAAUACCAAAAAAGUGAUAGAAAAUUGAGAUAAAAUUUUGAAAUGGUAAGCAGAAAAACAGAAAAAGUGAAAAUUUGCAUAUUAUUAUUUCUUCAAGAAAUAUUGUAGGUGCUUUUGUGUGAAUCUUCCAUAAAAUCACUAAAGCCACUGCUUUCCUAUAUUGUACUAUCACUUUAAAAACAAAUUACUUGAUAUUGUUUUUGAUUAAUUUCACUGUACUCUGUAUAACUGAUUAUUUUAAAUGUUUGAAUAAACUUUGUACUCCCUCAAAA